UAGUUUGCCCACAAGGAGGAGCUGAUAGUGACGCUGAGCAGCCUGGAAAACCAUCACUUGCCGUCUGCUUUUCAGCGAUUACAAACGGGGGAUGAGACUGUGGUUCUCCUCUGUGCUUAUCAGCUGGUAGAAGGCUCCCUAAGCCGGAAUGUGAAGCUGGGUAUGUUUGUGAGCCAUAAAAGAAGCAGAGUUAUUUGCUGUCGAUGUGAAACCAAAAGUAACCAGUGCCAGGCUCUUGCUGUUGUAUCCAAUCCAGUCGAAUGUGGAUCUUGCUGCUUUUUCAUUGCCCAAAGAAGGAAAGCAACGGUGACAAAGUGCUAAAAGAGAAGAUCCGUGAACAAAGGAGAAGCUCUCCCCAGGCCCUACAGAUACUGUAGUAUCGCUCCAUCCACAUGUUUUGGCAGCUUUCCAAGUGCCUGCAAGCUUUACUGUACAGUUACACAUACUUCUGGCAUGGAAAAGGACUGUGCUAGUUCCUCCAAAGAAAAAACACAUUUGGAAUCUGCCAAAGAAAAAGGAAAUUACCAGUACAGCAGCUGGCAUCUUUCCAAGCCCAAAGGGCCAGUGGUACCACUGUGAACCUAAAGAAGUUCCUUCACCACCUAUGCCUUCCCAAUGACAGAGGCACAGCAGUUCUGCCAAAAUCGUUAAGUCUAGAACCUUUGCAGACUGGAAAUUUACCUCUUCUUCAUAACCAACAUUCUGUGGUGGCAGCCUUCUUCUCUAGUUAACGUCUUUGUGGAAAUGAAGAGCAAUCCUAUGAAGCUGUUCCUGUGGCUCUUGCUGCUCAUCUCUGAUGUUUUGGCUUUCAGAACUGAGAAACCUGUUGGAGAAAGGGCUGUUGAGCUAAUGAAGCAAGCCCCUCUAAUUGAUGGGCACAAUGACCUUCCAUUACAACUGAGGAUAUUGUACCAAAACAGACUAAGUAAAAUCAACUUAAAAAUUCUCAACACCACAUUCACAAACAUUCAGAAACUUCAGUCUGGCCAUGUCGGAGCUCAGUUUUGGUCAGUGUAUGUUCUGUGCAGCGCUCAGAACAAGGAUGCUGUGCGUCUGACCCUAGAGCAGAUUGAUGUUGUCAAGAGGAUGUGUCAAAUCUAUCCAGAACUUGAACUUGUUAAUACUUCUCAAGGUAUUGCUGAUAGUAAAAAGAUAGCAUGCUUGAUUGGAAUAGAAGGUGGCCAUUCCAUUGACAGCAGUCUCGCAACGCUAAGGAUGUAUUAUGACCUGGGUGUUCGGUACAUGUCUUUAACGCACACCUGCAAUACUCCAUGGGCAGAAUCUUCAUCAAAGCAAGUACAUAACUUUUAUCCUAAUGUGAAUGGUCUGAGUUCAUUUGGCAAAGAAGUGGUGAUGGAGAUGAAUCGCUUGGGGAUGAUGAUAGAUUUAUCCCAUACCUCAGACUCCACAGCAAGAAUGGCUCUCCGGAUCUCCAGAGCACCAGUCAUUUUCAGUCAUUCUUCAGCCUUCUCUGUUUGUAACCACUCAAGAAAUGUUCCUGAUGAUAUUCUUCAGAGUUUGAAAAGGAACAAUGGAAUUGUGAUGGUGACUUUCUAUAAAAAGGUGCUGGCCUGUGGAAGAGAGGUGGUGAAUGUUGCAACGGUGGCAGAUCAUUUUGACCACAUAAAGAAAAUUGCAGGUUCAAAAUCAAUAGGAAUUGGUGGUGACUAUGAUGGAGUGGAUCAAUUCCCUGAAGGACUGGAAGAUGUUUCAAAAUACCCUGCAUUGAUUGAGGAACUUCUGAGAAGAGGUUGGACCGAAAGAGAACUGUCAGGGGUUUUAAGGGAAAACUUCCUCCGUGUUUUCAGGGAGGUGGAAAAAGUGCGGAAUGACAGUAGAUCAGUGAAUGAGAAUGAGAAAGAAAUCCCACAAAGAGAGGUGCAAAAUUCCUGUCGUCUGGACCUAAGAAACCCUCCUCUUCUGCCAUCUGAUGAGCUUCCCAUUUCCUUUGGAACUCCUUCUGUGGGACAGACUUUGUGUCUAAUGUUUAUUAGUGUAAUAUAUAUAAUAUUGCAUUAACAAUGCACAGAAACCUGAUGGGUCAAAAGGGUUAUUGACUACACAUACCCAGACAGACAUUACAUGUAGAGUGAAUUGCAAUGCAAAUGGAUAAAAUCUUCUGCUUAGCUACAAAACUGUACCUCCAAGGUGUGUGAAUAGUAUUAAACCGAGAGCAUCAUUUCUAUAAACCUACCUACAUAUGGCAAAGAUUAAAUUUGUCUUAAGUGCUUAGGUAGCAAUGUUUGGAAUACUGCUUGGUGCUGAAUACUCUUCGAUCCACUGAUGUCAAAGGAAGCUGGUAAUGCCCAGAAUCUCUUGUCAGAUCUUGUACUACAUGCAAGGCCCCUGGUUUUCAGUUUUUAUUUUGUUUAACAUUAUUACAAAAAAAUUAAAAACAUGGAUGAAAAAUUAAAUUCAUAGUUUUCUGGGUUAGUAAGAAAAAGCAACAGAGAAAAAUAGGAAUAUUGAAAACUAAAAGCAGCUCACGCUGUGAUUUAUUUCAUGAACCGUGUAAACACUUGCACUUGUAUGCGUGUGUAUCUUCCACUAUAUUUGCUUUACAUUAACAGACAACCUUGCCUAAAUGUAAAUGCAAACUUAUCAUUAAUAUAAACACAUCUCCUAAUGUAAUGUAUUGGAUUUCCUUAACGUAAUCAGUAUUUUUAUAUACUUGAGUAGUCCCAAAAUCUGGGUGAAAAUCAGUAAAAACUGAACACUAGCUUUUUGGAAAACUUGGGAAUUUUCCAGUGAAAACUGAAAACGAAGGGCCUGGCUGGUCACUUGUCUUUGGAUGCAUGCCUGGUAUUAGGAUUGGGGACCAGAAGUACUAGUCAAAUGGAAUUUUUUUAUUAAUCAUUAUUACUACUAUUAUUAUUAUUCUUUUGCAUUUUAAGGGAGAGCUAACUGCCAGCUGGGUUUGUAGGUGACCAUUGUGACAUCAGUCUCAGAAGGAAAAAAUGCCAUGGCUGUUUGAAGGAGAAUGUGGCCUUUUUUAAAUUAUGUUUUUGCCAAAAGUUAGGAUUCUCUCAACCUGGAGGUUAUUUGAGAAACUAUAUUCUGCCCUUUAUGUAGUCUCAUUGCAGUAACUGCCUUCACUUAAGUCUGUGGGCGAGGUAAAGAUUCUAAGCAUGUGGCAUUGCUGGAUCUGCCACGAGUGUUUGAAUGCUGUUCACCAUGGACAGAAUUGAGCUGUCAUUGGUUUGUGUAUGCCACAAUAUGUUGCUUUGAAUCCUAUCUCCAGUUCGUUGCUUUGAGCCAGGGAAUGCUAAAUAACUGUGCAAUUUGUUUUGGGUCCCAUUCCUCUAGUACCCCAGGGCAGCAUUAUUUAUGAUCAUGACAUCUGUGGUUGCAUGUCUGCACCACAUCUAGCGUCUGGCAUCUUCAGGACAACAAAGACUGGAUAUCUCAACUGUUUAUAGAAACUUAGGUCUCUUCUAAAUAUGUAAAAAUCAAAAGCCUACCCUCCACUCCAGGAACUUCAACAGUCCGGUGCUGACUUUUUCCCUUUGGGAGCACUGUUUAUUUGCCCCUAUCCUGUUUUUAUCUUUUGAAAUGUUAGUAACUGAACUUCACUUGAGUUAUUAGUGAUAAAGCUGCCACAUGCCAUCUGGAACUUCUCCUGGCGGUGACUAUGGAGGACUACUGGAAAGUAAAGAGCAUUCUUGGAGGAGAUGAUAUUUAGGGUUGGGUGAAAAACGUCUUGUGAACUUGCAUCUGAUAUUUUUGCCAUCUAAUUUCAUGUGGUUUUCAAUUUGUCGAUGUCAUUUUCUCAUGGAAUUUCAAUGCAGUUCAGUUUUCAAGACCCACUUCUAGCACAGAAUUGCCAUCUUGGCUGCAUCAUUAGCUGUUUUGGCUUGUGGUUGUGCUAAAGGGUUAAACUUCAGCAGGAAAUCUGAAAUUACCCCAUCCUGCUAGACACCAGUGUCACACCUCUUGUUGACACUGACAAACGGACAGGAGCCAAGUGUAGAGAUUAAAAUGAAAUACAAGAAGGGUAGAUUUUCAGCAGCAUCAAUACUGUGAUUACUCUGGAAGUUAUUUCUUGUUAAAUAAGCCUUCACUUAAGCCAAAAACAUGCUGUAGUCAUCAUCACACUAUACUGCAGGUCAUGAGAGGACCAGGAAGGUUGUGAGACAUAGACUGACUGUCCGAGAUCAGAUGGUAAUGGAAUGGUCAGGGACAUGUCAACUCAGAUUCCACUUCCAGCAGUAGCAUAGGGAUCUGUAAUGCAUCCUGCAGCUUCAAGCUCUCCCAGUUCCAUAAACUGAGCAGGGCAUGGGUCAGCUGGGGCACUGGAGAGUUGCUUGAAGUGAGGCUGUGGGGCUGCUGUCCCUCAACAGGGUUGUGUUUUGAGGCAACAUGAGAAGGCCAUGCUCAACUAAGGACCCUGGCUGUUCAGUGGGGGAAACAGACCAUUCUGGCCCCCAGUAUAUUUGUUGUUAUACUAACAGAAAAUAGUGUUUGCAUUACAUUUUGCUGAAAAGUUCCAAAACUUGAAAAAAAUGGAGAAUUUACAGUUCAAGAAAUGUUCCUGAAAUAGGCAAAUGAAAAACAUUCCACUCCACAUAUUUCACCUAGCUCUAACUGCAGUAUUGCCAACCUCAGCAUUAGAAAUCAAAGGAUUGGCUUAAAAAUCAUGAGAUUUUAAAAUGUGGGUUCUUUUUAUUUGCCUUCUGGUGUUUGAGCCUUUAGGUUCAAGGUUUUCUUUUCCACAGUCAGGAAGUUGGAAACUUUCUUUUUUUUAAUAGAGAGUCGAGAUUCUUACACAAUCACAUGACUCCAGAAGCUCAGGCUUUAAUAAACUCCAACUAUUGCAAAAUACACAAUAAAAUUAAGUCUGCAUCACUAA